CAUAGAAGAAGAGAAGGGACGCCCACGUGACUGGAGUUGUCACAGUGACCCUCCACUGUUUUUAUUAACUAAAAGUCCUCAUGGCUGGAAGCCGUUUAGAAAAGCUGGGAACCGUGUUUUCACGGGUCAGAAAUCUGUUGAGCUCAGGAGUCCUGAAGCCAGAAGAAAAACCAAUAUGGUACGAUGUAUAUGAGGCUUUCCCUCCCAAAAGGGAACCACUCUAUGUAAAGCCAUAUUCCAAUCCACCAACUCAAAAGGCCGACCCUGUUCCAGAGAUCUUCUACAGUGAGGAUGAAGUCCGAGCAAAAUUCUGUAGGCAAUACACAGCUGGUCCUCGGCCUUUCAAUCUGUCCAAGCCCAACUUUGUAUCUACCAGUCAAAGGUUUGUUGACAAGUAUGCAGAGUUGAAGAGCUCCACCGAUCUAGAUGAAGCAGCAUUGUUUGAGGAGACUGGAAAAGCUUUACUCAAAGAAGGAAUCGUGUUGAGAAGGAGAGGAGCUGCUCCGGUGUCGGAGGAGCCACAGGGUCCAUUGCAGAGAGUGAGGUUGUCAGACGUGAUGGGUGAGCAGGUGACAGACGCCACUGAGAGCGAGGAGACGCCACAGCAGAGCACACAGUCCUAGGCACUGGAGAGCUGCAGACUCUUGGUUCUCAAUUAUGAUGAUGAUGAUGAUGAUCUGCAUCCUGACGACAUGAAGUCAAUCAAUGGAACAUGUUUGUAAAUAACUGUUUAUGAAGUAGCCCAUUAAAUAACAAGUUUAUACCAACU